GUGAGAGAGAAAUAGGCGGGACUUCCUGUAUUCGACCGUGUGUUUAUUUUUUGCACGGCCAAAUAUCGUCCACAGAGGUCUCCCUUUGGUAGAGCAUCUUACAUCAUGCCAGACCUCUCAGUGAUUAAGAGCUGCUUCCUGAGUUGCUUAUUAGUACUACUUCAGACAUGGAGCUCACAGCAGGACGAGCAAAGCCAGCUGCUACUGGUGUCCUUUGAUGGCUUCCGCUGGGACUAUGUGAAUCGAGUACCCACACCCAAUUUCCGUGCCCUGAUAGAUGAGGGCGUGCAGGUGGAACAAGUGGAGAACACCUACAUCACCAAGACCUAUCCAAACCACUACACCUUAGUGACAGGAUUACACGCCGAAACCCACGGCAUUGUCGCUAACGAAAUGUACGACCCCAUUCACAACCGCUCCUUUUCUAUGGAGGGACCUGAAGUGUACAACGCAUGGUGGUGGGAGGAGGCCGUGCCGUUGUGGGUCACCAAUCAAAAGGCUGGGCGGAAGAGCGGAGCUGCCAUGUGGCCCGGAUCAGACGUAGCGAUUGGUGGAACGUACCCGACGCAUUUCUUGAGUUAUAAUGCGUCAAUGCCGUUUGAGGCCCGAGUCGAGAAACUCAUUGACUGGUUCUUAGGACCAGAGGCCAUCAAUUUUGGCGUCUUGUAUUGGGAGGAGCCAGACGAGAGUGGGCAUAACUUGGGGCCGGAGAGCCCACUAAUGGACGUGGUCAUAGCAGACAUCGAUGACAAGUUGGGAUUCCUCAGAGGAAAGCUGAAAAACGCUGGCCUUUAUGACAAAGUCAAUCUCAUUGUUACAAGUGAUCAUGGAAUGACGCAGUUAUCACAUGAUAAGAUUAUUGAGCUGGACACCUACGUCAGCCGCGAUCUUUACACAUGGAUAGACAAGAGCCCUGUGGUUGGCAUUUUGCCGAAAGAAGGCAAACUCGAGGAGGUCUACAGUUCGUUGAAGAACGCCAACCCUAACAUGGUUGUAUAUAAAAAAGAGGAGAUCCCAGAACAUUACCACUACAGACACAAUGUCAGGAUCAUGCCUCUGAUCAUAGAGGUCAAAGAGGGCUGGACGGUCAUGCAGAACAGAAACGGAUCUUUUAUGUUGGGAAACCACGGUUAUAACAACAGCCUUCCCAGCAUGCAACCUGUGUUCGUCGCCCGUGGACCCGCUUUCCGCCGCGACUACACCAAGGCCUCCAUGCGCUCUGUCGACCUCUAUCCUCUCAUGUGCAACAUUCUUGGUCUCAAGCCCUUGCCCAACAAUGGCUCUUUGUCAAACGUGCAGGAUCUCUUAGUGGAGACGUCAACCCCAAAGCCAGUGGUCCCACCCAAGCCCAGAGAGCCUUCCUAUGCCUGGGCCGUGGGAUCCAUCCUCGGUGCUGCCCUCGUGAUUGGGUUCCUUUUCAUUUUUGUGCAACAGGUGACACAACGGCAGCUACCGCCACUGCAUCUGUCCAAUAGUGAGAUAACACAACCCUUACUGUAGGGUCAAAUGCGAGGGGCGUCGGCACUUUUCUCAUGUGAGGUUCUCAGUGUAGCACUGAUUAUUUCUCCAGUGCCACAGAUUUCAGUUCAUUCAAAAAUAAUUCUGAUAACACUUUUUAAGCAGCCAGCAUGGUCGCUUGAAUUCAAAAGCGACCGAUAUCCACGGUACCGUGCCAAAGCCGAAUAUACCAAAAGCAAUAUGGGGAAAGAUGCUACAGUGGAAAAAGGUCGUGCAAUCAUCAAAAUCAUAGCUGACUAAGCCAAUAGUGCCCUCUUCUGGUGAAGCUGUCAGUGGUACCUUUAUUCUAGUCAUUGAAAAUCUAGUAUUUGAAGAAAAAAUGUUAGCAUCCCCAUGCUUUUUCCUUUCGAUGUGAAUCUGAUAUUUAUUUAGUAAGAGAGAGUUGCCCUAUCCUCUUGAAUUUGCAGUAAAUGAAUGUUCCAGGUUCAGUUUGAUGGCAUUUGUGGCGUAAUGUUCAUUAUCACAAAAAUUCAUUUCCUUAUUCUUUCUUUUCUUUAAAAAAAAAAAAAAAAAAAAAAAAAAAAAAAAACUAUGUGGGAUACAGUAAGGCACUUAUAAUAGAAAAAUUAUUCAUAUUCAAAAAAUUCAUAAACAUUAAAAUACUCCACUGUUUCAUAUGGAUAAUUUCCGACAUUGAACAAAAAAAAAAAUGUUAUUGCGACUUAUCUCACAAUUCAGACUUUUUUCUCAGAAUUGCGAGAAAUAGUCAGAAUUGCAAGAUAAAAGAUGGCCUGUCAGUCAAGCUCUUUGUGAAGGGUCAGUUGUGAGUCAUAAAAUCAGAAUUGCGAGAUAUAAACUUUUCUGACAUUUUUUCUCAGAAUUGCGAUAAAAACAGUUCCAAGUUAUAAAGUCAGAAUUGUGAGAUAUAAACUUAAUAUUCUGACUUUUUUCUCAGAAGUGUGUGAUAUAAACUCACAGUUCUGAGAAAUAAAGUCAGAAUUGCAAGAUAUAAACUCAGUAUUCUGACUUUUCUGAAUUGCGUGAUAUAAACUGACAGUUGUGAGAAAUAAAGUCAGAACUACUCAAUAUUCUGACUUUUUCUCUGAAUUGCGUGAUAUAAAUUCACAAUUGUGAGAAAUAGUUAAUUGAGAUAAAAACUCACAAUUCUGAUUUCUUUUUUCAGAAUUCCAUGAUAUAAACUUGCAUUUGCAAGAAAUAAAGUCAGAACUGCAUGAUAUAAACUUGCAACUGCAAAAAAUAGAAUCCCAAGAUAAAAACUUGCAACUUCUGAUUUUUUUCUCAAAAUUGCGUGAUAUAAACUCGCAAUUGUUAUGAAGUCAAAAAUCGAGAGAUAAACUCAGUAUUCUGACUUUUUCUCUGAAUUGCUCUGAUGUUUUUUAUAUCUCUGAAGUGAUAUAAAUUCACAAUUGUGAGAAAUAAAGUCAGAAUUGCGUGAUAUAAACUCAAAUAGAAUUGCAAGAUAUACAGUGGUCAACAUCUGAAGUGGAUAAAAAAAACCUUUCUUCAAAAUUGUCCUAAAACCAAAACAAUGCCUGUUCUUGUGUUAGGACAACUUUGAUGAACUGUAUUGAUCUACUUCAAAUGUUGACUACUAUAUACUCGCAAUUGCGAAAAUUAGAAUUCAGAAAAAAACUUUUAAUUCUAUUUUUUUUUCCUUAAAAUUGUGCGGUGUACACUCGCAGUUGCGAGGUAUAAAAUCAGAAAUGCAAGAUAUAAACUCAAUAUUCUGACUUUUUCUCAGAAUUGCGUGAUAUAAACUUACAAUUGUGAGUUAUAAAGUCCAGUUUUGAGGGAAAAGAAGACUAUGUUCUCAGAAUUGCAAGUUUAUAUCUCACAAUUCUGACAUAACUUGCAAUUUUGUUAUAAAGACAGAAUUGUGAGAUAGAACUUGCAAUUCUGAAAAAAAAGUCAGAAUUACGAGUUUAUAUCUCGCAGUUCUGCCUUUAUAUACAUAAUAUACAUAACUGUAUCUGUAACAGUAAAAACCUUAUUUUAUAAUAUGGUAUGCUUCACAUUUCUGCUUUUAAAUCCUCAAAAAAACCUAUUUUAAGUUACAAAAAAUAGCAUUUAUUUAAACUGUAACAUAGAAUGUCUUUAAUGUCACUUUCAAACUCAAAUAAUUCAAAAUUUAACAUUAUUUCUACAAUGACAAGCUUGGCCUCAUUUACUUCCAUUUUAAGUGCCUCAUUGUAACCACUAUUUUCCUUACUUUUUUUUUUUUUUUUUAAUAUUUAAUGUAUUUAUUUAGAUUAACACUAUGCUGCAAAUCCUGUUGACAGAGUUUAACUUGUACUGAACCCAGAAUAUUCCUUUAACUGAAUUUUAUGGAUAUUUAAGAUUGUGAACAAAAAAAAAAAAAAAAAAAAUGAAGGGACGUUAGUAGCAGUCGCUUUUUGAAUUUGUUGUUCUUCUCUUACCCAUCGUAGUUUUGUUUGUUAAUUAGUUAAAUGCAGUUGUUUAAGUUGGCAGAUGUUAUUAAGUGUUAAUGAAAAGAAGCUGGUAGUGUUAAACUACCUCUGUGUUGCACUAAGAUCAAUGUUAAUCAGGAUAGAGAGAUGAACUAUUAGACUAGUGGGACGUUUUAGCUUAUCUGCGUUUUGCACAAUGUAAUACCAUCCAAAAUUUAUAUAUGAAAAAAAGGGGGUGGGUGCCAAAAUCCUUACAGAUUGACAUCAAGUAGUAAUAGUUUAAGUCCUGCGUUAAUGUAUUUUGUACUUUUUAAAAACAGCAUUUAACAAAAAGCCCUGUGUAGGGCAAAACACUGUGAUCUGUCUUCUACUUGUUCAAAGACUAAAAGGAAAAUAAUUAUUUAUGAUCUUUGAUAUAAAUGUUGCUGAAGUAGUAGUAGUUAGCUGCUUGCAGAAUGUUAGGAUUGUUUCUGUUAUUAAGAAGGAAAUUAUGACUUUCUCUAUGGACGUGUGCAGAGACUGUUGUGUUUUGUGUUAAGUAUUUCUAUGAUUUACUGGAUUUGUCUUUCAUGUUCUGGAUUUUAUGGCCUAAUGUCUCAUUUUGACCUGUUGGAAGUCCCAUAACUAAAACAUUACUUUAAAUGUGCUACUUAAAAAGGUAAAUAAAUGCCUGAUUUGGAAA